AUGUACUUUUCAAGAAAGAUUUUUACGUUUACUUCACAUGGUAAUACUUCCCCUAGUACAGUUUCACCCUCAAUUUGCGAGUCCCUUGGUGGUAUAUCACCCCCAAUACCCACCAUUCUGAUUUCAGAGCCAACCUACGACUCACUCGCUGAGUUCUUUGACAACUUGCCCACAGUUGAAAGUUCUUUUGGCAGUGAUCGCUGCCCUACUGGUCACAAUUGCCAUCCCAAAUCCAGAGCUGAAGAUAAUUAUAGCUUCAGUGGGAACGGAUGGCCAUUGGGUGAGAAUAUACAAAGUCAAGUCCAAUCUGGCAUUUCUUCCACCGAAAGUGUUGAAGUCAGACCAUGGUGGAAGUCUCCCACCCCAGAUUUUGUGCCAAAAUCAAAACGUUUGAAGUCCGGACCAUUUUAUAAAAGAUCGAAGGUUGUUUAUGUCCAAAAGUGUUCACGAUAUGACCAAUACAGAUAUAGAAUUAAGACUAUGGCCAAAGCAAAAUUCAAGAGCGGCUUCAUCAAAAUAUUCGGAGAAUAUGAACGUCCAAUUCAAUGUGGCCCACUACCUCGUGUUGAAUAUGAUACCGUUUCGACUUAUAUUAGUCAUGGGACCAUCUAUAUAUAUGGAAAACCUCCAAAAGAUUUUGUUCCUGAACCCGCUGAUGAAUUUCCAUACCAACCAGAUGAUAAACCAUUCCCAAAUCCAAGCACCAUCAAAUCAAGCUUCGUCUACCCAUAUGAUGAACCACAUCCAACGCUUACUUCCGAGGUCGCUAACUCCGAAUGCUCGGGUGUACUUACCCCUGUUCAUUACAGUUUUGGUGACAGCUAUUAUGAAGAGAAGUCCUCCAGCGCCGAUUUCUACCCCACAGAGAGCACGGUCGAGCCCAACUAUCCUUCCUUUGCCAAAAUAUCACACGAAACCUCAGAUCUUUACUCUGAUGGAGGCGUUUUUCAGCGAAUCAUUGAUUUUCCACAAGUAAUUGAUCAUUAUGAAUCGCUCUCCAGUUCUUUCUACUCGGAUGUUGAUGUCUCCACUGCUACCUCACAUCCAUUGAGAACCGUCAACGAAUUGGACAAUUUGCUGCAUGAGAUCGUUCUAGUCGAAAAUGGGUUACAGCUAUCGUUGCCUUCGAAAAUCCAUGAUGCAUUAUACAUGCAAUCAAAGGAUUCAAUAGCAAGUCCUAACUAUUGUGAUUUCAGCACCAAUCACCAUAACAUAUCGAAUGGUAUCAAAGGCCAUCUCAAUUGCGAAGGUGAUGGAGUAGGACCUGACCUGGCGGCUCACGUACAAAAGCGAUUGGUUUCUAGUCAAACUUCCUUACUGAAACCAUUUGAAGAUUUACGAACUACGCAUGUCUUUAACGAAGCGGUGGAUUGUACUGAAAUCUUUGAAGAAUUAAGGGGAAAUCCAAGAUUUUUUCAAAUUUUCAAACGAGAUGGAUCCUUCAAGGACUUACAAAAAAGAGGAAGAGAAAAGUUCUUAAAAUUUGUCAGUCAACACAAGUCGAUUAAAUUUCCCAUAGGAGCUCAUUCAAAACCUAGAGAAGAUAUUGUAGCCAAAUCUGAGCACUCUUCCAAAAGAAUAAUCAAGAAUGAGACUCUUCGUGGUCUACCACCCUCACAGACUGUUUCUCGUUCUACGAAGCUAUCAAAACGAAAUUUGAUAAGGUUUGUCCGCUCAAAAUGGAAGCCAGUCCCCCUUUGUGAAUCUGGAGAUUUAUUUGACACGCCUGAUUUAUCAAUCGUCACUCGAGUUGGUGAUAGAGAACCAUACCUGGAAAUAAAACACUCGCCCAGUAUCUCGAGUGUGGUUCCCAAUUCCUAUUUUGAUUCUUUGGUGUCACUUGAAAAUUCAAAUUCACAAUCGUUGAGGGGCCACUUGGGAGUGGAAUUAUAUUCUUCACCUUCGUAUUCUGAAAAUAGGCCACCCUCUUCAAGGGGUCAUGAGCCUGUCUCAAUACCAAUUGAAGAUUAUUGUUCGGAUUAUUCAACAAUUCAGCCACUUCGUAUCAUUAAGAACCAGGUCGCUCAAAGGGAUACAAGAUUUAAGCUAACAGAGAUUCUCAAACCCCAACCAGCUCCACCACUUCAAUUUAAGAGUAACAAUCCAUAUCAAAACAAAUCCAGUUCAAAGUCCAUAUUUACUCAGGGCUCAACAUCACAAGAACACGAAAACUAUGCUUCGAAGGAAGAUAAGACAAUACCACUCAACAUUUGCAAACAGCAUGAUAGUAAAUAUCAAACUACAGCUUCAACUCCACCUAUUCCACACUCAUCUGAAGUCGAACGCUUACAAACUUUGAAUCUUCCAGUUUCAAAAGAUAGUGACAACCCUCAAUUCACACGGCUGACUGAUCAAAUCACAUCGUAUCCGGAAGGUAGGUUUACCAUUCAGGAGACAGAUUCUUGCAUGAGCUUCAAAAGUUUGAAUAUUAACAAUAAUAAGGAAAUCAAGAUUUCUUCCUUAGGAAGUAUGUUUAUUGUCGAAGGUAAAUCUCUUGAAGAUAGUAAAAUGACCAACAUCAAAUCCAUAAAGCCGGAAUUCACAAUUAAUUUAGAAAAAAGAGCUGGAAGGCGUAGGCAGCUCAAAGACAUGAAGUCCAGAAUGACCAUAAAAAAAAGGAUGAUGAAAAAGACAUUUAAAGAGGGUUUCUCGUUUAGACACUUAUUUCCUGAGGACUUUAGUUACUGCCAAUCGAACAUUGGUAUAAUAAAUUUAAAUUUGAAAUACUUCCCUUUCAGGGCCAGGUAUAGGUUGAAAAAAGUAUUUCUCGAAUACUUGUUGGGUCAUUAUCCAAUCCAGGCGGUAUUUCAAAGUUCUAUUGGAGAGAAUUGGAAACAGGUCAGACACACAUUUCAAUUAUUUGCUUUAAAAGUCAGAGUAGAGAUUUUAUAUUUGUUACACGAAUUCAGAAAUCAUGAGUUAGAUUUUGAAGUGCCAAUAUGGUGGUACGAAUUGAAAGACGCAAUCAGAAAAACAGUGGCCUUCAAACCCCAACAUCACGGCCAUAUCGGUCCCCGUUCUAUCACUUACCAGUCAAGUUCAAGGAAAAAUUUCCAACAGCGGAUGCUACAAUUUUUGGAACAAAAACCCGAUAUUCUUGAGCAACUUACUGACAUUUAUUUUCAGAAGGAUGCUAUAAAGUUAAUGGAGUUGAGGUCUUUGGGUAUUAGUGUUGACUCUUUUUAUGCUAGAGCAUGUUUAAAUAUAGCAGAAUUAACACCCCCAGAAGUUGCAAAAAGGUUCUCCGAUCAUUUUCAUCCUCGAGAUUUUGAUCCUAACUAUAUAAGGUAUUACCGUGACUUGAAUGAAUUACUCGAGAAGUCUAGAAACGCAAAUUUUGACUUGGCUGACCAACGUCACCAUAACAAGACCUUUAAUUCCACGUAUGGCAAUGCGAGAUACAAUGCUUCAAACAUUCAUAAAAAUUCAACUCAUAGAUUUGUUAGAGAGUCACGCUUUCACAAUCUCCAUGAGCAUUACCCUUAUCUUGAUGCCCAUAUCCAUCCACGAGUUUUUGAAGUUCAUACGAAUGAUUCAAAAAGGAUAAGGAACUCGUUGAAUAAUACUAGAGGCAACAUCGAGGAAACUUCGUUGCCUAUGAAACCUUGCAUACAUGGUUUGAUCAAUUGUUCUGCUUGUCGUGCUAGCAUGAUCAGUGGAAGUGACACCUUGGAACACGGUUCAUACUUCCACCAAUUCAAUUCAAUACCUACUUUGGCUACUCGAAUUUGUGAUUUCUCGAACAAUUCUCUUUCGGAUGAUAACGGUGCUCCCAGAAUCAAAUUGAACUUUUUCAACUUUGCCGAUACGAUGGGACCCAGUUCCUCGAAUAAUCACUCAAUACAUUCCUCAGUUGAAAAUUCCAAACACACCUUUGAAACGACCAUUCGGCCGCUCGAGGAGUCUUGUAUCAAUGGCUUAAAAUCUUCUGCAAUUCCUCCUCAAGAAAAGACCUUCAGAAUUAAUUUUGACAAAAGAAUGCUGGACUAUAGGUCGACUUAA